UAAGAAAACAACCCUGAUAUUGACCUGGAGUUAGAAACAAGCACAUAGUUGUCAAUAUAUCCUUUAAAAAAUUGUGUUUCAUGCAAUUAAUUUAAAGCCACUACAUAUUGGUUCAACGAUGCUGUACACUCACGUAAUCAUAUUGGAGAUAAGGAACAAAGGCAAUGAGUGAAUUUUUAAUUUUUAAAACUUUCCCUUGAGCUUCGAAAACCUCAAUUAACUUGCAUUAUGAGAAUGUAACAGGCAAAGAUAAACACAACUAUAUAAUAUUCUAAUAAUUCCAAUCCUAUCUUUUCCGCAUAAAAAUAGUUUCCUUUUGGUGAAACUUUCGAUGUAUAUUUAAUCUUAAUGACGCUUUCAAAAACAAGUCUACACUAUACAUAUACACGGACAUAUUCCAAUGUUGAUGGAUAUGAUGCGCCUGUAUCCUCUGUACACAUUUUCUUGCUUAAUUCUGUUGAUGACAUCCAUUGAAUUAUCCAAAACCAAAAAGUGCGAAGAGAACAAAUGCUGCCCUGACUAUCGAGAAAUAAAUGGAACAUGUUCAGAAUGCAUUGGAUUCUAUGCCGAAAACUGCAGUACUCCCUGCCCACCAAAUUUCUUCGGACCAAGGUGUAGAAAAGUGUGUAACUGUUCAGAAAACGAGACUUGUAAUCAGUUUGUUGGCUGUGUAUCAAACUUCACAUGUGAAGAUGUUGGUAAACAUUUGGAGCUUUCUCAGCAAGAUAACUUAUUGUGGCAGAUCGGAAUGUGUUCCAUAGCAAUUCAAAGUUUGACUUUGUGCCUCUGCAUUAGUAUUGUUCUAAGAAAAAGAAUGAAAUGGAGAAGAAAGUUAACAAUUACAAAUCCAGAAAGUGUGAGAUAUCACAUACGCCACCCUGAGCGAAGUUCUAAAAUGCACAAGUAUAAAGGAAAACGCGGAAACAGUGACGAUGGAUCCUUAGACAGGGUUCCAACUUAUGGACAACUUAGCAAUGGAUACAACCAUAUUCAUUUCCCUAAAGUUCAAUUGGAUGGAUUUCUUUCUGGUGAAUAUAGCUCGACGAAAGAUCAAAACUUGCGACACAAUGGGAUGAUGACUUAUUUGUUUGAUGAUUGAAAAGUUCACAAUUAUCAAGAUGUUUCAAUUCGAAGUUAUAUAACGAGACAAAAAGAACACUCUACAGUAUUUGAUUGUCAAUAAUUAAACUUUAAAUUGAACUUACUCACAUUAAGCUUGAAGUUUUACAAAGAUAUUGGUGUCGUCCAAGUCUUGAGGUUUAUGAAAAACUUACACAGUUCAAUACUUUUAAUUCUGUUAUAUAUUGAA